AUGUCAGCAUUUGAUGCGAGAAACUUGGUUGCACAAGGCAUCCAGCCGAUGGUCUGGGAAGACAAACUUAUGGUGGUGUAUAAUCUAUGCAAAUCUCCGCUUCAUAUCAUGAGGAUCGGAUCGAAGAUUGAAAAACUGCCGACAAUUCCCGCUGAAAAGUCCGAUGUGAAGCACCAGCUUAUCAACGACCCGGGCUCAAGCGCGAUUGAAUACCGAUUCUCAUUAUCAGAGAAGAAUCUGCACUAUGGAGCUGGAACGGUGCAACUUUUAUACAAUCUCAAUUACACUGAUAAUAGUCUAGCGAUUGAAAGUCAAUCCAACACCAUGUUCCGAAGUCCGUUCCCUGGUGGCCAGGAUUACACCCAUAACGUCGCCAUCUCUCUCGACUGA